UAGAGUAUUAGUAUAGUAUUUGGUGAAACAUGUUGGUAAUUUUGAUACGCCAUGGAGAAACAGAUUUCAAUAAAAAUCAUAGGUUACAUGGCGAUCUGGAUAUUCCAUUGAAUGAUAAGGGAAAGGAACAAUCAUUGAAGCUUUUAAAGCGUCUUUGUACGCUAAAAAUUGAGAAAGUUUUUUGUAGUAAUCUUAUAAGAGCAAAAGAUACAAUUGAACCAUUUUUAAAAGACAAUGGGAACAUAAUAUGUGAGUAUUAUGAGGAAUUACAAGAAAAUCGUUUAGGAGAACUAAAUGGAUUGACAUAUGAGGAAAUAAAGAUAAAGUUAAGAGAAGAAAAUAAAACAAUAGAUGAUUAUGGUGAAAAUAAGAAGGAUUUUAUAUCUAGAAUUAUGAAAUUUUGGAAUGGGAAGAUAAUAUCUAUUCGAGAUGAAAUUUCGACGUUAGUUGUUGUAACGCAUGGGGGAUAUAUAGCAACAUUGGUUUCACAUCUUGUUAGAUUGGGAUAUCUUAAUGUUUCUAAAAAUAUAAGAAUUGGAGGAACACCUAAGAAUUGUUCCAUGACAGUUAUUAAUAUUCUUGGUGAAUUAGAUUAUGAUCUAUUAUCAUAUUCAGAUGAUAUACAUUUAUCAUCUUAAAUGUUUUUAAAUCACUAUAAAAAAAUGUAGUUAUUUAAAA